AAAAAAAUUAUCAAAAUGGCGUCUGAUCAUAGCCCCCUUUGGGUUCUGAGAGAUCACUUGUUUUGGAAGUUUAAUGUUUGGUGCCAAAUAACAGAAUAAGGAAUUAGAAUGAAUAAAAAAAUUGUUCUUUAGUUUCUAGGGUUUAUCACAAUUUAUAGUAGACAAUGAACAUUUAGAUAUCUUUUGCUUUUUUUAAAAUGUUCCUUUUUUGCAGUUGCGGCAGAAUUUCAUAAUCAAUCAACGAUUGAGAGUAUGAAAAGAGAUUUACUUAAUCUGGACAUUAAUUCACAAAUUGGGAGUUGUAUGUCAAUUUCUUCCAUGCGAAUUGGAACCUUUAUCCACAACAUUGAGGUGAACCCUGGUCAAGGCGGAAAGCUGGUCCGGGCGGCUGGAACUUCGGCUAAGAUCCUCAAAGAACCGAAAUCAAGAUACUGUUUGAUUAGACUGCCAUCAGGUGCUGAAAAAUUGAUUGAUACUCAAUGUAGAGCGACGGUUGGUAUGGUGUCGAAUCCUAGCCAUGGAGCUAAGAAGCUUAGGAAGGCAGGACAGAGUCGGUGGUUGGGCAGGAGACCCGUGGUUAGGGGAGUUGCAAUGAAUCCGGUCGAUCAUCCUCAUGGUGGUGGUGAGGGAAGGAGUAAAAGUAGUGGAAGUUAUGGGCAGACUUCACGGACACCUUGGGGAAAGCCUUGUAAGUGUGGGUUUAAGACUGCCAAAAGCAGACGCAGAAACUAGUUCUCGUCUAGUUGGCAUUUUGCUUCUUUAUCUAUUUUCAACAAUCUGAUG